GGUAUUUUACGGGCUUGAUGGACAAAGCACAUAAUAAAUAAUGCACACGCGUCUAAAUCAUCGAACAGCGACAAUUCAAAGGCCUCGGAAAUAAUCUCCCACAGUACAAAGCUGCAGGAAUGGCAGGCCGCUCGUCGACAAAUGAUUGUCCGUACGUUUCAUGGACAUAUUUAGUAACGGUCGGUGAUUGUCAUCUGAGCAGACAAGGCAGAUGGCAAUAAUUUAUAAUUUUACAGCAAUUUAAAUACGGCAAGAUAAAUAAAUCACAUAUUUUUUAAAAUAUGGAUAGAAAUGUAAUGAAUUCACGUAAUUAUUAAGAUACAAUUUCUCAGUUUAUUACUAGGGUUAAUAAGUUCUCGAAGCCGAACAUUUUCUAGGUUUCAAUUUGCUUAGACAUUCAAGCGAAGGAGAAGUAGCGAUAUUUGUUGGCAGAUAAAGUUAAUUUGAAGGAAAUAUGUCACAGGGUGAUAUAGUGCGGUAUUUCCCGAGUCCGAUACCACCUGUCGGUCAUAAUUUCACCUUGAAUGAAACAACACCACUCACCAAAUGUGUGACGUCUUUUGACAUGCAAAUUCGCGUUUUAAUUGGCAGAACAACAGGUAUGGUGCACUCAGAACAAUAUGUGAUUGGUUUUGCACACUUUAUACAAGCAGUUACGGGAUAGAUUCAAUUAAAGGCCAACAUGGAUAUAUAAGUAAAAUUUAAAAGUGUUUUGGCUCAUACCUUCAAUCUCAUACCUUCUGGCCUUUAUCGAUGACGUACGUCGGACUGAACUCCAUUGUCUCUGAACGAUAUUUUCUCAAGACAACAAGAAAAAAUUUGCAAUUUCUGUGAAGAGCUGUUUUGCUUUCAUUCUCGAUAAACAUGUCGAACUUGUAUAACGAACACGAUUCUUCAGCGGAAGACACGGGAGAUGUAAAAAUUAUAAUCAAGGGAGGCGACAACAAGCUAAGCACGGGGGCUAACAACGUGUAUGCGUUUUGCAAUCACUGCAAGAAGGACAUUUCUGUUGUGUACAUCAAGUCUGAGGCAAAUGGAAAAGAAAUGGCUGUUUCGGAGACACUCAAGACCAAUUGGCCCGCCGUGGUCGAUGGAAGCUAUCCCGAGAAUGACUAUGAAAAAUGUAAGAAAAACAACGAUUAUGAAAGUUGCAAGAAACUUCUCGACGAGAAGAAGAAGUCGGACAAAAUUCAUGAUUUGUGGGUGUCAUUUCUCGACUCGUGUACCCUGCACGGUUUUCACUUCUGCUUCUCUGGCAAUCCACCCGUGCGGCGUAUUUUAUGGACUCUGCUCUUGCUCGGAGCGUUUGCGCUAUUUUUCGAAAAAUGCACCGACAGCAUUAUGAAUUUCUUCGAGUACCCGUUCACCACUACCACGCUUAUCGUCUACGAGAACAGCCUGUUUUUUCCCGCUGUCUCCAUCUGUAAUUACAACGACGCCCGCCUUUCCAAAAUAAAUGGAACGCUGGUAGACCAGCUUUUUGUCACUAAAUACAUCAAGGGCGAAAAUGGAAGUGACAUUGAAAGUAAGCUCACAGGAGAAAUUAUGCAAAGCACUCUUUCAAAGGCCGCGCAUCGGCUCGACGAAAUGAUCCUGGAUUGCACUUGGAAUAAAGAUGAAAAAUGCGACUACAGGAACUUCACCGAGUUCAAAAGCGCUUUUGCUGAUGUGUGCUAUACGUUCAAUUCUGGGAAAAAUGGCACACCUCUUCUAACAACAAAUACAGGUCAGGAGAGAGGUCUUCGUCUUCUAAUCGACGUACAGCAUUAUGAUUAUUACUACGAUGUCGAGAGCGCCGGAUUUAGAGUAAUUUUACAUGAUCAAGCAGAGACUCCAGUAAAAAUGCAAGGCUUAGCGGUGUCUCCGGGUUUCACCACUUACAUGGAACUUCGGAAGCGAAAGGUCACCAAUUUGCCGCAUCCUUACAAAACCGACUGUGGAAUGCCGAAACUUCGGUUCUUUGACACUUACAGCAAAUCCAAGUGUUUCUUGGACAAAUUGACUCGUUACGUCACGAAACUCUGCAAAUGUCGAGAUUGGUUUAUGCCAGGCGGUGAUCAAGGAAUUCCCGUGUGUGACUUCAAAACAAGUGACAGCUGUAUGUGGCCAGCCUGGGAAUAUUUCCAAGAGAAGAAAUUGGAUAAGUGUCCUGUGGCAUGCGAAAGCGUGGAGUUUUCAGCACAGUUAUCCUACGCACGCUAUCCUGCUAACACCUAUGCGGACAAGCUGCUGUCUAAACAGAGGAAUAUGACGGGCACAAUUCAGGAAAACAGGCAAUAUCUCAGGGACAACCUGCUUGAGUUGAGGAUUUAUUACGAGAGCCUGACUUUCUCUGACGUCAGGCAGGUUCCAAGCUACGAUCUCUAUAGCUUAUUAGGUGACGUGGGUGGUCAGAUUGGUCUCUUCCUCGGCGCCAGUCUCCUGACAUUGGUCGAGUACUUGGACCUGUGUGCGAUGGUGCUUUUUACCAAGUACAAAUACCGCAAUAAAUAAUUGUACUGCAGGGCAGGGUUGUUCGAAAGGCGGUUAACGCUAAUUCAGGAUUAAAAGUUAAAGGAAGUAUUAAUUUUCCUGGUGUCAAAAUGUUUUUUCAGUUCU